GAGAGUAUCUCCUGAUGUAGUAUGGCUUGGAGUCAUGGGCAAAUCGUUUCUUCCUUCGUUCUUCGGAGUAUUUCCGAAAAGGGAAAAUAGUCUCUGAUAGGCCAGAAUAUCGGCUUCCUCGGUCGUGUUUCCUAGAGUGGAAAAUACUCUCUGAUAGGAUGGAUGUCUAUACUAAAGCUUGGAAUGAGGAUCUCAAGAUCAAUUCAUCGUGUCAACGAUAGAACGAUAUCCAGAAACUUCAAUGGCUUCGCAUGGAGUUUGUGCUAGAUCCGAUUUCCGUCUUCUCUUGAUGUAGAGAUGGAAUUGCUAUAAAUAUAAUGUAUAUCCCACUGACAAAAUAGAUCAUAUACUUUCAGAAACAAACAUAUCAAACGACUACCCCUCGAGUUCUCAUCAUAAACCGAAAAUGGCAUCCCGUACAAUCGUUCUCAUUACCGGCGCAAAUAGUGGUAUUGGCUAUGAAGCAGUAAAGGCCUUUCUACAAUCUACCAAACCUUACCAUAUCCUUUUUGGUGCUCGUUCUUUGGGAAAGGCUCGAAUUGCCGUUGAGGAUUUGAAGAAGGAAGUUCCAGAGUCUAAGAAUACAAUUGAAACACUCGAGGUUGAUCUUGUGAGUGAUGAGAGUAUUGAGAAGGCUUUUGAGACGGUCAAGGAGAAGUAUGGGAGAGUUGAUUCAUUGGUUAACAAUGCCGGCGCAACAUAUGAUAUCGCAUAUAUAAACGGUAAAGGAACACUCCGUGAAUGUUUCAACAACGCCUACGAUGUCAAUGUAGCUGGUACUCACGUCCUCACCUCCACAUUCAUACCCCUCCUCUUCAAAUCCUCCGAUCCUCGUCUGAUAUUCGUUACUGGCCUAUCAGCCAUCAAUCAAGCGGCGCAAAAAUAUUUCCCAACCCCUCCACAACCCGCUGGAUGGCCCAAGAAAAUCGGCUUCGAAACCAUCGGUUACAGAUGUUCGAAAGUGGCACUUAAUAUGUUGAUGUUGGAUUGGAAUCAUAAGUUGCAGGCGGAUGGAGUAAAGGUUUGGGCUGUGGGACCGGGCAUGUGCGCUACGAAUCUUGGGGGGUUAGGUCCAGAGCUUGCGUAUAAGAUGGGCUGUGAGCAUCCUAGUAGGGGAGGAUUGAUUAUUAGGAGUGUGAUUGAGGGAGAGAGAGAUGAGGAUGUGGGGAAGAUUGUAGGGAGGGAUGGUGUGAUUGAUUGGUGAGUGAGUGAGGGUGAGGGUGAUGGUAGGUAUUGUUGGGUAAGAAGUAUGGGAUAGUUAGUUAUUUAUUUUCUUAUACGCAGUAUUUUCAGGCAAUGCUUCUGCUCUCAAGCUUUUGGAAUACCAAUGGGUAGUAUACCAUACCAUAAGUACGUUAAAAAUAUCCCUUCUUUAUUUCAACAGCACCAUCCAUUUUAUCAAGUCUUUGCGUACAUAAGAAUGAGAUAGGUGGUGAACUCUUAUUAGCUCAAGCUGGGCAAUCGAUACACUUAGCCGGUUCUCUUCACUCAGUGCGUAUCGCAAUCACAAAAAUGACUAUUAGAUAACUUGGGGGCUUGCUAAAUGUGUUGCGGUUGUGUUGGGGUGUUGUAAUAUGGAUAGAUGGAUGAAUGAAUGAAUGAAUGUAAAGUUGCUAAGGGAUUUAUGAGGGAGUGACGUGGAUUAAUUACUUUUGAGAGAGAGAGAGAGAGAGAGAGAGAGAGAGAGAGGAGAGGAGAGCAGUUUCGAUGUGCAUUUUGAAUUUUGUUGUAUUGUCGUCGUGAUUAUUGUUAUUAUCUCUCUGUAUAUGGGAAGCGUUGUAUUGUUGUUUCAUUGUUAUGUUGUUCUGUUGUUUUGUGGUGAGAUGAGAUGAAAUAAGAACGAGGAUGAGGAUAACAACUCAAAUAUUAAUUUCUAGUUUUUUGAAUGGGUGGUGCUGUAGGUAGCUAGAGAGGGGUGAGGGGGAUGGGGAGAGAGGGGGCUUAAUGGUAUAUUCACUAGUUUGUGUUUGUACUUGCGGAUUAUAGUAAAUGGUGGAUGGUAGAUGGUGGGGUAAGGAGGAGUAGCGAGAUUUCAAGGUUAAGGAAUUUCUAUAGCAUUGGUGUUUAAGGAGUCUAAAUCCUGGAUUCAGUGUUGCAGCGAUAAUAGUGACUGGCCAGCUGUUGGCUAUUUGAGGGUCUGUGGGCUUGAAUUGGAGUAUGAGGGUUUGGGUGUGUACUGAAAUAUCAGACUAUCAUAUUUUUUAUUGUUGUCUUGGGAUGGGAUGUUGGUGUGAAAUAGUGGUGCUUUGCAGUGUUAUCGGGAUGAUAUUUGUUGUUGUUUUUGGUUUAUUGGGGAGGGCGGUCAUGGGAAAGGGGGGGGGAGUACUAGUAUUUGAUAUUUACGAAGUGUUUGGAAAGGUAUGUUAGUUGGUGAGUCGAUGGGAAGGACCCCCCCAAAAAACACUUAAUCAUUAUUAGAUGUGGAACCCAGUUUGAGAAUGAUAGACA